UUAACCUGCCAGAACAUGGUCUGAUCACAGAGUGCCCUACACGAUGGGGCACUAAGCAACAAAUGAUGGAAAGGAUCCUGGAACAGCAGAGGGCUCUGUCACAAGUUCUCUCUGAAAAUCGGAGUACAAGACAUCUGGUUCCAUCUUGGCAGGACAUUGAGGUCCUUGAGUCCGUAAACAAGGCAUUGAAGCCACUUCAAGAUUUUACAGAUGCUUUGUCUGGGGAAGAAUACGUGAGCAUUUCCUAUCUACUUCCAGUUCUUCGUUUACUGAACACACAAACCCUUGCUGCUGACGAGGAAGACACAGAGCUGACAUGCUCAAUUAAAACCAAAGUGCUGGGCUACAUGGAGGCAAAAUAUGAGGAUCCUGCAACCCAAACUCUCUUGAACAUUGCCACUUUUUUAGAUCCAAGAUUCAAAAAAGACUACAUUCCUAAGGAACAAUGGGAAGAAAUUAGUUUAAGGAUAAAAUCAGAAAUGAAGGAGGCACAACCUGCUGUUGCCAUAUCAUCAUCAUCAUCAGUGGGUGCUGCUGUGUCAGGUGCUGAGGCUGAGCAAUGUCAAAGUGCCACAGCCACAAGUACAAAGAGGAUGAAGAAGUCUUUAGGAAGUCUCUUACAGACCUCAGUCACAUCUCCCUCUGAAUCCUCUGACCAUGCAACCAUUGAAGCAGAAUUUAACAGCUACAUUCUGAUCCCCAAAAUCCACAGUGAGCAGGACCCUUUGGCAUGGUGGGGAAUUCACAAG